AUUAUGCCUACAAUAAAUAAUGAUAACGAUAGACUUCAUUUCACAUAAAUUUUAGUUGUACUUUUAUUAUUUUCUGUAAGAUAGUGCUAAGUUAACCAUUUGAAAGAAAUGCAGUCGAUAAGAAAUGUUUCAAAGUCUUUUACUUUACCGAUCCCAAGGAUUUGCAUAAAAUUUAGAGGUUUAUCUUCAGCGCCAGAAAUCAGGAUCUACGAAGUGGGUCCUCGCGAUGGCUUACAGAAUGAGUCGAAGUUUGUUCCCACAGAGCAUAAAAUCGAGCUGAUCAACAAACUAGCAGCUGCUGGGCUCAAGCACAUUGAAUCAGCUAGCUUUGUGAGUCCAAAGUGGGUGAAACAGAUGAGUGAUGGCUCCGAAGUCAUGAAGAACCUGAAAAGAGUACCCGGAGUGAACUAUCCGGUCCUCAUACCCAAUUUAAAGGGCUACCAUAUUGCUAAACAAUGCAACAUAGAGGAAGUGGCAAUAUUCCCGGCGGGCUCUGAAGGCUUCUCCCAGAAGAACCUCAACUGCUCGGUGGAGGAGGGGCUGGCCAGGUUCCAGGAGGUCGCGGAGCAGGCCGUGAAGGACGGCUUGAGGGUUCGCGGGUACAUCUCCUGCAUUGUGGGCUGUCCCUACGACGGGCCUAUUAGCCCUACUGUUAUUGCUAAGAUAACCGAGCGUCUCCUCACCAUGGGUUGCUACGAGGUGUCUCUAGGAGACACCAUCGGCGUCGGCACCGCGGGCUCCGUGCGCCGCCUGCUGACUGAAGUACUGAAGGUCACCACCCCCGACAAGCUGGCCCUGCACUUUCACGACACGUAUGGACAGGGCCUGUCGAAUCUGCUGGCUGGGUUGGAUUUCGGAAUCAAAACCGUGGACUCUUCGAUAUCAGGCCUCGGCGGGUGUCCCUACGCUCGCGGCGCCUCCGGGAACCUGGCCACUGAAGACCUGGUGUACUUCCUCUACGGCCUGGGGGUCAACACCCACAUAGACCUGGUCAAGCUGGUCGAGGCCGGCCGCUUCAUAUCCAACUACCUGGGGAAACCUACCGAGUCCAAAGUUAACAGAGCUCUUGGAGACAGGUUUAAGGACCAUAAGGAUAUCGUGAGGAUCGCAGCGUGCGAUGUUUGAACUG